AUGACGGAUGUAAUAAAUAAUUUAAAAAAUGUUCAAACUAACUUUAGAAACGUUCAGAAUAAUCUUAAGAGUGUUAAAGAUGAAUUAAAUAAGAAGACAGACAAAUUUUUAAAGACUUUAAAGCCUAAAUUGAGAGGUUAUUUUCAUGCUAUUGGAUUCUUUACUACUUUAGUUAUUCUAAUUCCUUUUAUUGUUUGUUUCUUCUAUUGGAAAUUUGAUUUAAAUAUUUUAUUGUACUUUGCUGUUCAGUUAACUACUUUUGGUAUCAGUGCUACUUAUCACAUCUACAAAUUUAGUGAAACAUCUAAGAAAAUAAUGCAGAGAUUAGAUCACAUGUCUAUAUUCCUUUUGAUUAGUGGCACUCAAACUGCUGUAUUAAACAACACUCCUAAGAAAUUUGAUGUAGAUAUAAAAUGGUCCAUUUGGUUAUCUUGGUUAGUUGCUUUUAUUGGAAUUGUUAGAAAAGCAUGCAUUCAUGAAUGUUUUUCUUUUACUGAUGUAGCUAUUUAUAUAGUACAUGGUUGUUUAGUGUCAUUUUCUUUUAAAACUUUGAUGGCUUUUUAUUUAUUUGAUUUGAUAUUUGUUAUUUUAGGUGGUGUGUUUUAUAUUCUGGGUGGUUUUAUCAUUGGAUUUGAAUGGCCUGAUCCUAAGCCUGAGAUAUACGGAUUUCAUGAGUUAUUUCAUACUUUAACUUUACUUGGUAAUUCUUGUUUUAGUAUUGUGGUUUUUAAAUCUUAUUUUUAUCGAUCUGUUUAA